UUUUUUUGCGCGCUCCCGCACGUUUGACAUGGACACGCUCACGCGCAGCUCCUCACUCGCGUACUUGCGCUCCUGCUCGUCCUGCCGGCGGAAUAAAACCUAUUGACUCCGGAGCCUCAGCCGAGUGUUGUUUUUAGUUGUUUAUUUCGUUUUUCCCACGUUGCACCGGCUCCAAAGUUCCUAUCGAGGCGUGACAAACCGCUUCCAAGCAGGCUCUCAGGUGCGGUGGAGUUUCUCACUUUUUUUUCCCUUUUUCUCAGGGUCGCUUUCUUAUCUCGAGAGGAGGAAGUUGCAAAUCCUCAGGAAACAAACUUCGGCACUCCUUUUUGCAUCUGCCUAUAAAGACACUUGAAAGAACCUCUUGACAGAAAGCCACCAUGGAGGCUCAGCCCGUCUCCCCUCGCUGCGUGGAGCUCCUUCCCGGCGUGCAAGUCAGCCUCUAGCCGCCUCCUUUUCCUGCCUGGCUUUUUUCCUAUCUAGAAGAAGACCCAGGCCAUAGUCGCUUUUCUCAUCGUAUUACACUGCGCCAACGAGUUCCCAACAAGCGGCGCACCAUGGCCGGCUCUUCCCCCCGUUUGCUGCUCCUCUUGGCGGUGUGCGUGUGCGCACUCGGAGCGCGUGGAGCUGAAGAGGAGGAGGAGGAAGAGGACGUCGGCGGCGGCUUCAACUCGGAGUCUUGGCUACGUCUGUACGGCUACCUGCCUCAAGCCAGCAGGCAGAUGUCCACCAUGCGCUCCAACCAGAUCCUGGCCAACGCCAUCAGCGACAUGCAGCGCUUCUACGGCCUGGAAGUCAGCGGACGCAUGGACCCGCAAACCAUCAGCGCCAUGAAGAGACCCCGCUGUGGCGUGCCCGACAAAUUUGGAGGUCAGAUCAAAACCAACGUGAGGCGGAAGCGCUACGCCCUCACCGGACAUAAAUGGAACAAGAGCCAUCUGACGUACAGCAUCCAGAACUACACCCCCAAGAUCGGCGAGUACAACUCCUUCGCGGCCAUCCGGCAGGCCUUCAAGGUGUGGGAGAGCGUCACGCCGUUGACCUUUGACGAAAUCCCCUACCAAGAGAUCAAGUACGGCCGGCGCAAGGAGCCCGACAUCAUGCUCUUCUUCGCGUCCGGCUACCACGGCGACAGCUCCCCCUUUGACGGCGAGGGCGGCUUCCUGGCCCACGCUUACUUCCCCGGGCCCGGCAUGGGCGGCGACACGCAUUUUGACUCGGACGAGCCGUGGACCAUCGGAAACCAGAACGUACAAGGCAACGACUUGUUCCUGGUGGCCAUCCACGAGCUGGGCCACGCGUUGGGCUUGGAGCACUCCAACAACCCUCUGGCCAUCAUGGCGCCAUUCUACCAGUGGAUGGAGACGGACAACUUCCAGCUGCCCGACGACGACCGCAGAGGCAUCCAGCAAAUCUACGGUACGCAAGACAACAAGCCCACUCAGGCCUUGCCCACCGUGACGCCGCGUGGCCCGGACCCCCGGCCGCCGCACAAUCCUCCACCUCGCCAGCCGGACCGGCCCAGGACCACCGACAGACCGGACCACUACGGACCCGACAUCUGCGAAGGCAACUUUGACGCGGUGGCCAUGCUACGCGGGGAGAUGUUUGUCUUCAAGGGCCGUUGGUUCUGGAGGGUGCGCAGGAACAGGGUGCUGGACAACUACCCCAUGCCCAUUGGACACUUUUGGCGAGGUCUACCCGGAGACAUCGACGCCGCCUACGAGAGACACGACGGCCGCUUUGUCUUCUUCAAAGAAAACCGAUUCUGGCUCUUCCGGGAGGCCAACCUGGAGCCCGGCUACCCUCUGGAGCUGGGCCACUACGGCCACGACAUUCCCUACGACCGCAUCGACGCGGCCAUCUGGUGGGAGCCCUCCGGAUACACCUACCUCUUUCAAGGAGACUGGUAUUGGCGUUUCAACGAACAGUCCCGCGCUGCCGACAGAGGCUACCCCAAGCCUAUUAGCGUGUGGGGGUCUUCCGUACCCUCCACUCCCAAGGGGGCCUUCCUCAGUGACGAUGGAGCGUACACGUACUUCUACAAGGGAUCCAAAUACUGGAAGUUUGACAACCACCGAAUGAAGAGCGAGCCAGGCUACCCCAAGUCCAUCCUGCGCGACUUCAUGGGUUGCAGCGUGGACCUGGACCCCCCGGACACGGACGCCGAGGAUAAAUACCCCGACGUCAACGGGCCGCCGUUCGACCCGGACGCCGGGCGCGAGGACGACAACAAAAUCGACGACGAGGACCGAGACGGCGACCGGACGGAGGGCGAUAAAGAUCCCGACGAGGACGAGACCCGCGAGGAGGACACCAACGAGGUGGACGUGAUUCUGAAGGUGGACGACAGCCGGGAGCGGACCAUGAACAUCCUGAUGGUGACCAUCCCCCUGGUUCUGGUGCUGUGCAUCCUGGGCCUAAUCUACGCCAUCAUCAACACUCUUCAGAGCAAGGGAGCGCCGAGACUUCUGGUGCACUGCAAGCGCUCGCUGCAGGAAUGGGUUUGACCCCUGAAAUCUCAAUCUCCACUGACCGGGGACGGACAUUACAAUCGAUCGACGGAUCGAUCGCUUGUGGAUUCGUCGCAAUCCGCGUCAAACUGAAAACGUCAUCAUUACGGUUUCCCUCAGAGGGCCUUUAAGACUGACGAUAUGCAUACUGAAUCCAAAUGAAUAGUAGCAAGGAACUUGAAGUAGAGACAUUUGUUUGCUUUAAUGGUUUGACACGUUUAUUCAUUUCAAUCGUCCAUCCAUCCAUCCAGGAAAACGAGUCAAGCGACCAUCCCUAGCCUGGCUGGCCCUCCACGGUGCAUCGACUGUACUCUAUUUAUACGAGACAAGUUUGCACAUUGUUUGUGUUCAUUGGGUGUGACGCAGUUGUUGUUUUUGUUUAUUUUCGAUUGAUUGGUUGAUUUCCAAACCAGGAAGUCCAUUUUAGUCCUGACUGCCCCUCUUACCUCUCACCGCGGUACACUUAGUUUACAUUCAGAGGGAGCCUGCCCCCCACCUUCUUUAAAAGAAAAAGAGCCCCCGAAGGCAAAUUCAUCAAGCAACGGGACAAGAAGCCAAACUCCUCGAUGAGAUUCUGUCCCGUUGCUCAGGAAUUUGUGUACAUUUCGAAUUUGUGUGUCAUAGCAAUAUUGUGUAACAGCGCUUGACACUCUUGGCUGGUUGACCAAAAUAAGAGCCAGGUUGAUUUCUAUCUUUGCCUUCUUUGGUAGAUGUUAAAAAAGUGUCUGUAAACACUGGCCUAAACUUUAUGCGGGGAAUUGGGAAGUCACACAGGAAGACCACCCGUUGCCUCCACCACGCUGGGGUGGGGGUCGAAGCCGGGCUCCCUCCGUGGCUUUCAAACGGCACGUGACAAGUACAAGUCGGCCGUUAAUGUUGCGCUCGGCCUCUAAUGGACCUUUUACAGCGGCCACUUAUUUGUAAAGGUGGCGCGGCGGUUGGAGGUGGUCCCGGGUGGGCCAGCCGGAUCUCAUGUGAACGGCAGCUAAUCUACUUCAUUAAAAAGCAGCAGGUGUGCUCACCAGACCCCGGUUGACCCCAAGCCUUGAACCCCAAACACGCUUUCAUCUGGCAAGAACAAAUGAUGCGCUUCCAUUUUGGAUUUGGUGGAUUUUGUCACGUUUUAUCCCUUUGCCAUCCCAGUAAACCAUUGAACAAAAACAAAUGCAAAAGAAAAAGCCAAAAGGCAAAAUGAUUUUGGUCUUGUUAGCACUUCCUCUUCCCACACGAUCAGCGUAAUUAGCGCUUGGUCAAUCAUCACCACUACAGGUACGAAAAGAACGGUGCUAAUUAGCACGUUUUACUAACACGAUCGGCAAAAUCUGGUGUAUUUCAGCUUCACGUGAAGCUAGCGAGCUACACGCUAACACAAAACGUGACUUCAGCGGGAGAUGUUUUAUCUGAGCGGCUCAGGUUAGCUUAGAUGCUCAGGUUUCACAUGCAUGGAGAGAACAUAUUGCCUGCCUGCCUGCCUGCCUGCUUGCUUGCCUUUUGAGACAAGGAAAGAAGUGAGGAUUAAGCACAGUUUGCAGAUCUCAGGCAAGGAGGGCUAGUGGGAAAGAGGACUGACUAGCUGGCAGCGCGCCACAUGACCCAAAUUCCCUGUGUAGCCAAGCAGCAGCUGGCUGCGAAGGGAACCUGAGCUUCCAGUGGAAAAGCUUUGUGUUUACUAACUUUAAAGGCCACUGACAGAUGAGCAGCCCUUCCCCCUGACGCUAUUAGCUUAUCAAGCUAACGUCCCACCCAGGUUCAAGAGCCGUAGCAUUAGCAUCGGCAAAAUCAUUUGCUAAGAACAUACCUAUACUUGGCAAUCUGCGUGUCAGUGUAACAAUGACUGCAUUUAUUAUUUCUUUUGGCCAAUUAAAAGCUCUUCCAUGAGAUCCCCGCAGCGGGAGAGCUAACUGGACAUAUUGCGGCGGCGUUGACAGGAAACGGUGUCAUCUGUCCGUCUUCAAUGCGGGGGGGUGGUGGCAGCUAAUCAGCGCUAAAAGCAGACCUCCGUCCUCCCACCCCCCGUGUCUCUUCUUUCCUCCUUUUCACCUCUAGACGUGAUCAGUCGACACCAGAUGAUCAGGGUGACUCAGCCAAAAAAAUCUCUGUGAGAUGCCCUUCAUCUACUUGUCUUGUAUAAGCGCUUUAGUCCUUGGUCGUCCUGAAACUUCCCUCAAAGCGACUGUGUUGAACGCAGCUCUCCUCCCAGCAAAAACUUUGACGCAGCUUUUUAUCGGCUGGUGUGAUCAGGUUACCGCCAUGGUUGUCAGCAUCUCACCCUUUUGUCACCGCGACGACCCGAUUCUUGAAUCGUCUGUGUCUUAUCGGAUUUUUUUUUUUUUAUGCUGUGUGGUAAUAACAUUCCAAUUAGUCGAUUGAUUAUUUUGAUUUUAUACAUCAGUGUUGUGUGCGUUCACCUCUAGUUGAGUGUUUUAACAAAGCCAUGCUGGACAUGUACACGAUAAUUCAAUAAAAUACAUACUUUCAAA